AUGAGCAUCACGAAUGAAUCAAAACCCUAUAUCCCGCUGGCAGGAUUAGCCAGCGAUGGAUGGUCCACUGAAGACGAGGCUACAGCUACAUGCUUCUGCGGUGAAGUGCAACUAGUUUUUCCCACCCAUGGCCCAGGCCUGGUCGAUACCUUCGUUUGCAAUUGCACCGACUGCCGAAAACUGACUGCAUCAAUGUUCGCAUCCAACUUCACCGUCGAUGACCAGUACUUGAAGCAUGUACGCGGCCAGGAGAACCUCAAAACCUUUGGCCAAUCGAAGACAAUUGGUUCCGGCAAAAAGAUGACGAAUUAUUUCUGUUCCAAUUGCGGCACAUUGAUGUAUCGUCGUGGCGAGGCUUUCCCAGGACUGAGUAUCCUGCGUAUUGGCACAGUUGAUGAUUUCAACCUGCAUGAGACGAAGUUGAAACCAAGAGUGGAACAGUUCACCAAAACUCGUGUGGGAUGGUUUCACGGUAUGGAGGGUAUUAGGCAGGUCGAGGGUAGUGCUUAUACAUAG